GCAAAUGACGUUAUAUAUCGAGUUUUUAACCGAUCGAUUUUCUGCUGAAAAAUAAAUAAAAACAGAGAAAAACAGACAAGUGCGGCUAUGAGCUUUAGGGCUUAAAUUCAUCGGGAAAUGGUUUUACACUCGAUUCUGUUUUAAAUUAAUUUCCCUGCAUUCUUAAUUCCUUAUCGCUUAAUCCGUAAACCACCGUAAUUUGUUGUCGUCCUUUUAUCUCCGAUUAUGGAAACACCGAAUUAAAGUAAAUAAUACAUAUAUAUAUAUAUAUUCAACGAGUACUUUUUCUUUGAAAAUUUAAUUGAACCUAUAUUUGUUCACAUAAAGUUUGGAAUUGACACAAGUGAGGGUAAGAUAAAUCCUUCAUUCCAUUUUUUUAAGGAUUGUGCCGGAGUUAGAAUUUAUUAUGCAAGGUCGAUUGUGUUCUAGUGCGUGCGGGAACAACUCAAGAGAGUGCGGAACAAGGUCAAAGUUGGAAAGGGUCUCUCUUCCCUUCUCACAUUUGUGAUUUCAGAACGGCGACGGUGGCAGCGAGCCGGUCACGGAGAUGCCGAGAGGAUGCGAGGACACCGCGAGAUGACGUUCUCCGCCACUUUCGUCGUUCACUGACGCAAUCCCGUCCGGAUAACGAAAGACGAUUGGCAGGAUGCUGCCGUGCGGACUGCUGAUCGUCCUCCUCCUUCUCGUGCAGCUGCGUCAUCGUGUCAUCUGGGCUUCCCCGGAGAGUACCGAAAUGUCCGAUAGAUUGGAGAACGUUACGCAGACAAUUUCGAGGAUACUCGACGGCUACGAUAUUCGAUUAAGGCCGAACUUUGGCGGUGAACCAUUAUCAGUCGGGAUGGAUCUCACCAUCGCGAGUUUCGACGCGAUCUCAGAAGUCAAUAUGGAUUACACGAUAACGAUGUAUUUAAAUCAAUACUGGAAAGACGAGAGACUCGCCUUUUCGAACGAGAACGAUGUCUUGACGUUGAGUGGCGAUUUCGCGGAGAAGAUCUGGGUCCCAGAUACGUUUUUCGCCAACGAUAAAAACAGCUUUCUGCACGACGUUACCGAGCGCAACAAGCUCGUGAGAUUAUCGGGCGACGGCUCAGUCACAUACGGCAUGAGAUUCACAACGACCCUGGCCUGUAUGAUGGACCUACAUUACUAUCCUCUCGACUCGCAGAAUUGCACCGUCGAAAUUGAAAGCUAUGGAUACACGGUGCUCGACGUGGUGAUGUACUGGAAAGAAACUCCCGUUCGCGGGGUCAAGGAGGCAGAAUUGCCGCAAUUUACGAUAAUCGGGUACGAAACCAACGAUCGAAAGGAGAGGCUGGCAACGGGCACCUAUCAGCGGCUCUCGUUGAGUUUUAAGCUCCAGAGGAACAUCGGUUACUUCGUUUUUCAGACAUAUCUGCCGAGCAUACUGAUUGUGAUGCUCAGCUGGGUUAGCUUCUGGAUCAAUCACGAGGCCACCAGCGCGAGGGUAGCUCUCGGUAUCACGACCGUGUUGACAAUGACAACAAUAUCGACGGGUGUCAGAAGCUCACUGCCACGGAUCAGUUACGUGAAGGCAAUCGACAUCUAUCUCGUGAUGUGCUUUGUCUUCGUGUUCGCGGCACUGUUGGAAUACGCGGCGGUCAAUUACACGUAUUGGGGCGCCAGAGCCAAGAAGAAGACCAAGAAGAAAGACACCGACGAGAAGAAAGUGAUUUCUUCCAAAACCGGAAGCAAAGCCAGUUCGCCCUUUCCCGGUGGCACGGACGCGGAUAUUAUCGAGCUCCAGGAUCUCAGAAUGUCACCGUUGCCGAGCAUCAGAAACAGAUCGGGUUUGGUCAGCGCCUCGUCAACACCGGGAACCGGUAAGGAUCACGAUCCGGCUAAGUUCCCGCCGAGCUUCCGCAUCUCCAGAUCUGCCGUUUACAAUACACGUAACAGCGGCCUUAGGUACAGAGGUCCGAGACCGCACAAGCCAAAGAUGUUACACGCUCUGCGUAGAGGCGCUUCCGUGUUGCGCGUGUCGAUGCCAAAGAUCAAAGAUGUGAACGUGAUAGAUAAGUAUUCGCGAAUCAUCUUCCCGGUCAGUUUCAUGCUAUUCAACGCCGUGUAUUGGGUGUUCUACUUUUUCUGAGCAACGAGGGGAUGAUUGAUCCGAAUUCCGCGCUCGGCCUCUCCCCGUCUGCGCCAGAAGAAAAAGGACCAAUCGAUUCGGGAGGAUUCUUUUGUAAAGCACAUUCGAGCUUUCACUAGUCAUCGAACGACGUGUAUUUUUUGCGGGAAGAUGAAGAUCCACCGAAUAUACAGGUGAUGAAAGUAGUGUAUCGAAAGUACUGCCACGAAACAAUUUAUCGAUAGAAACUA